AUGUAACAAGAAGAGAAAAAGAAAGGGGACGGUGGGAAAAUGGAGACCAUAAAAAUUAUGAAUGGUUUCACUGAUAAGGAAUGGAAUCAUCUUGAUAGGAUAGAGAGAAUUGAGCUUACUCUUGAAGAUUUUGGGAGAAUGAAUGUUAUUUAGGUAUUCAAAAAUUUGAGAUCUUUGACUCUUAUAAAUGUAGGGAUUACAAUUAUUGAAGGAUUGGAUGAAUUGUCCAAGUUGGAGGAAUUAAAUUUGAAUGAGAAUUCAAUUACCAAAUUGAAUGGACUAAAGGGGAUCGUUAAUGUAAAAUCCAUAUACAUAUCACAUAAUGCAAUCCAAAAAAUUGAGGGAUUGGAAAAUCUCACUAAAUUGGAGACUUUGUGGCUUUGCGAUAAUAAAAUUGAUGCAAUUCAAAAUUUAGAAAAUUUAGUUAAUUUGAGAUAAUUAUGGUUAGCAGCCAAUCAAAUAAGUUACUUAAGAACAUCUCUUGACCGACUUAAGAAUUUACAUGAUUUGAAUAUAAGUGGAAACAAAAUUUGUAGUUUUAAAGAGGCAUUAAAUUUAAAUCGUUUACCAAACCUAAAGGUUUUAGCAUUUUACGAUCCUCAUUUUGGUGAUAAUCCUAUUUGCAACCUGUGCAACUAUUAGACCUAUGUUUUAUAUCAUUUAAGAAACAUUUACAAAUUAGACACUUUAAUUAUAUCAGAGGAGUAGAAAUCUUUUGCUGAAGGUACUUUUAUGAAAAAGAAAAUGUAUUAUAAUAUGAGAAUUAAGACCAUGUAGAGGACAUUUUCAACCUUAUGCAAGCUAUUAAAGAAAGGCAAGAAAAUUAAGAUGGAUUCCUUAUGUGAAGACAUUUCAAAUUUGAAUAUAAAAUUAGCACAAGAGGCUGACAAAGAAAGACAAUAAUAAUUAGAGAAUAAGCAGGAGGAAUAUGAAAAUUAAAAUGAUAUUUAUAACAGUAUAAAAAAGAAGGUUUAUGAAUAUUGUAAUCAAAGUAUACACAAAUUAAUAACUGAAUUGGAAACAGGUGGAAACAUCAGAUUAGAAGAAGGUAAAGCAAGUGAGAAGUGGUAUGUUUCUUGUGUUGAUCUUAUCAAUUCUAGAUUUCACUCUGAAAAUAUGGCUUAGUAUGGGAUUAAGGAUAUUCAAAUCAAGAGAGUAGUGAGGAUUCAUAACAAAUUCAUUCGAAAUAAGUUUGAAGAAAAGAUGGAAUCUCUUGUGGAUGUAUCCAAUCAGAGCCAUAAGAAAUCAUUAGAGUAUCUCUUUUACGGAGUAGACCCUAAUUUUUAAUCUGAAAUUUAUAAUGUGAUUGAAGAAGGUUUCAGAGGUUGUUAAGAAUCAAAAUAAAUUGGAUUAAGUGCAUAUACACCAUUAGUGAAUAGCAUUUUGGGAGCAGAUGCAUCAAGAAUUCAAUAUAUUUUGAAUGGAUAAGAUCAUAAACAGAAAUUGAACAAAAGUUUUAUUAGAAGGAGAUUAUAAUAUAACAAUUAGAAUGUGAUCCCUCCAGGAGUCUUGCUCAUUUGUAAAGUUCUUAUGAUUAAGUCUGUUCCUGAUUCAAAGUAUCCAUAUUUCAAUCCUGAACAACCAUGGAGUGAGAUGUUUUAGAAAUAAUCGAUUGAUGGAAAAUAAUAUUAAGAUGAAUAUACGGUUUAUAGAUAAAUGGAGAAUGAUCCAAAACACAGAUUAUGGUUUGUUUUAGAUAACAAUUUAGUUUUACCAGAAUACUUUGCAGAAUUUGAAUAUGUAAUGAAAUCACCAUUACAAAAUAAAAUUGCUGACUUCGGUUCUGCAUUAGGUGUUCUAGAAUAAGAAGAUGAUGAUUUCAUCACUCCUGCUAACAUCAAUUUGUAGAAGGAAAACAUCAAUGAUUAAUAUAAUUAAUUGGCAGACGAUUUAAAUACUUAUUAGUUUGAGAAUUUAGAAGAAUAUCCUACUUAUGAACUUAAGGCAUAGGAUUUGGAUCGAUCAGAAUGUGCCUCAUUAAAACCAGCUUUAAUAAAUUAUUUUAAAUAUUGUCUAAGUAGAUCAACAUUGUAUGAAUUGAAUCCAAAUUUAGUUGGCACACCAGAUUUGAAUGAAAUUCUUAAGAAUUAGACUUAAUUUUUAAAUUUAAGUAAUUGUUGUGUGCAAGACAUUACUUUUGUAAAAGGUCAAUUUCACACUCUAAUUUUAAGUUAUAAUAAAAUAAGUACCAUUAAUGGUUUGAAUGAAUUACCAAAUUUGGUAAGACUAGAUUUAUCGCAUAAUGAAAUUAGCAAUUUGAAUGGGUUGUAACACUUGAAUAGUUUGGAAGUCUUGGAUUUAACACAUAACAAUAUCUAAGACAUUGAUUAGAUUGCUUUACUUAAAUACAAUUAGUCAUUAAAGUAUUUAUGUGUUGCGUUUAAUCCAAUUAAUGAGUACAAGGAAACAAGAAAAGAAAUAGUAAUGAUUUUGAAUACUUUAUAAUUUUUGGAUCAUUUACCAGUAACAGAUGAAGACAAAGAGAAAACAACCAAUCAAAAGCAAUUAAUCACAACGGCCAUGCUUCAAACAUUCAGCAAAGUCUAAAUGGAUUGGAAGUAAAAUAUUCAAUCAGUAAUGAUUACUCAUUAGAAAUUGAGUAGUAUGAAAGGAUUGGAAGGUUUGGUACAAUUGAGACAUUUAAAUCUGGGUCACAACAAAAUAACAUAGAUAACUUCAUUAUAGGAUUCAGUACUAUUGGAGGAAUUAAAUUUAGAAAAGAAUUAGAUCAUUUAAAUUUAGGAAUUGGAUAACAUGCAAUAUUUAAAGAAGCUAGAAUUAGGAGGCAAUAAAAUAUCUAUAAUAGAUGGAAUUUCUAAUCUUAUUAACUUGAUGCAAUUGUCAUUAGAAGACAAUGCAAUACUUAAUCUGAAAGAAUUUCCAGAUCUCAAAAGUCUUAUGGAAAUAUAUUUAGGAAAUAACAAUAUUACAAACUAAAAGGAAAUUAACAAUAUUAAACAUUUACAAAAGUUAAUCAUUUUAGAUCUCUCUGGUAAUCCCUUUGCUAGAGAUACUAAUUAUAGAGCUUAUGUACUCUAUAUCAUUCCAAAGCUUAAGGUUUUGGAUGGUAUUUCAAUUGAAGCUUAGGAAUAAUAGAUGGCUAAGAAUCUAUACACUGGUAGAUUAACAGAUGAGAUUCUCUACUCUAGAUUAUAAGGGUAACCAGCAAAUAAAAUAACAGAAUUAUGUUUACAAAAUUGUGAACUCAGAGAUUUUGAGGAUGUAUUCAACGCUUAAUAAUUUCCAUAACUUGUUGAAUUGGAUUUGAGUCACAAUUUAUUCACUUCUACAAAAAUGCUUGGAUUCUUGCCACAAUUGAAAAUCUUGAUUUUAGCAUCCAAUAAAAUUGAUACUCUUCUUUAUCCAAAUGAUAUUAAUUCAAAAAAAGGUCUGAAUGGAUGUCAACAAUUAUAAAUUUUAGACAUCUCCUAAAACUGCCUAAAAGAAUUUAAUGGUCUAUAAUAUUGUUUACUUAAGGAAUUAAAAAUUAUGAAAUGUGAAAAAAAUGAAAUUGUCAGGGUUGAUUACUUGGAAAAUUUGAAAUAGUUGAAAGAAUUAGAUUUAAACUAAAAUAAAGUAAGGCAGUUCGAUCCUCAAUCAUUUGCUGGAUCUAAUCCUAUUAGAUGCUUGAAGAUAGAUGGAAAUGGACUCAAGAAUUUUUAGAAUAUUUAAAAAUUAUAUAAAUUAUUGCAUUUAUUUGCUAAUUCAAAUAGAAUUAAUGAUUUACCAGACAUCGAGCACUUAGUUCCAUUAACACAACUUAAGGAAUUAGAAUUAGUUGGAAAUUCUUUAAGUCGAAGACCUGGUUAUAGAUAAAUGGUACUUAGGAAGUUGCCUACAAUUUUGUAUUUGGAUGGCAGAGUAUAUAAAUUAUUCUAUUCCUACUCUAGGAAGUUACUACAAGAAGAAAGAGAGAGAUUAGAGCUAGUUGAUAGACAAGCUGUGCUUCCAACAAUGUAAAUUUAAUAACAGCCAAAUACAAAAGUUCCUGUUAAAUUAAGUUCGAUCAAUUUUGAUGGAAUCUUUAGUAAAUGA